GGCGAUUUGCGUGCCUCCGCAGUGGCAUCAAAAUGGAAUCAGUCAGUUUGCCCAAGCCAGCUCUGGACUUAGAUUCCAAGUAUAUAAGGAUCCCAAUUCACCUGGUCAUCGAUAUCAUCACUACCGGUCUCACACCACAGUCUCUCACUACUUCCUUCUUCAACCCUCUUUACACAGGCUCAAUACCUCAAUCACUCGCUAUGCGUUACGCAAUCGUCCUCGGGGCUGCUGCCCUCGUUGCCGCCAGCCCGGCUCCCCAAGCUUUCGACCCUGCUGGUCUUGAUGCCGUCGCCACUAUCACUCAGGGUCCUCCUGUCGGUGUCGGCCCUGCUCAGGAGACUGCUUACAAGCAGUCUGUUGCUCAGGUUCAGGCUGCUGCCGCUGUCACCGGCGGCGCCACCGCCCAGGCUGCUAAGAUCAAGAGGGACGCCGAUGACCUCGAGAAGCGCACCUUCUGGUGGUGGUGGAACCCCGUCAAGCAGAACAACCCUGCCCCCCAGCCCAGCGUGACCACCACCACCACCGCUGCGCAGCAGACUGCCCCGCCCACAACUACAUCCGCCGCUACUGGCACCCAGACCACCAAAGCUCCUUCUACCACUGACGGUGUCGUUCCCUCCUCUUGCACUCCUGUCAAUUGGGUCAACACAUACGCCUUCACCUCCGAUCCUGCCUGUCCCACCGCUAUCGAGGUCGGCACCUACUGCGGGUUCAUCAACCCCGAUGACCCAUGUGCUCCUCAGCCCGCCGGAAAGGGUACUCCUCCCAAAGAUGACACCGUCGAUGGCUUCUACAACAACGCCGACUACAAGCAGAUGGCUGUCUCGGCCAAGACCCCCACUGGCUACGAGCAGGCUUUUGUCAACCUCCAAGGCUCUGUCACUGGCAACGGUUACCUCUCUUACAAGACUCUCGAUAGCUACGACGUCGCUUCUUGCUCCAAGUUCUGCGAUGACACCACUACCUGCACUGGCUUCAACAUUUUCAUUGAGCGUGAUCCUAAGUGGAAUCCGAGUCAGUGCUCCUGCACCAACCCUCCUUCCACCAUCAACUACAAGUGCUCCAUCUGGGGACAGAAGGUCUCCAAGGACUCUGCUACCAACACUGGCUCCACCCGUGAUGACUUCAAGGUUGUUAUCACUGCCUCCAACGGUUACAACAAGGGCACUUACACUCCUCCUACUCCUCCUUCCUGCAGCAAGCCCCAGAACUGCGGUAACAAGAUCCACAACCAGCCCCGUUACUGCAUGGGUCAGAAGACAUUCCCCGGUCCUUUCGAUCCUUCUAUCUGCGCUGCCUACGCACAGAAGCAGAACGAGGUCAACCGCGCUAAGGGCAUAAUCGGCUCUUUCCUCUCCCUGCUUGGCUUGAACAAGGGUGGCUGCGUCCAGUUCCAGGCUGCUUACCUUGAGAAGGCCGGCAAGGGUUUCGGUACCCAUUGUCGUCUCUUCACCCAGAAGUUCCAGCCUUCCCAGGCUACUCUCGACAUUUCUGUCGGCUCCUCCGGCUGGGGUUGCCAGAAGUCGUUCACCUUCGACGUUGAUGUCAACGCCAGCUUCAACUGGGGUGGCUGGUCCAAGAAGAAGAACUGAGCACUUCGAGUAGGUUUGCUCGCAAAGCUUAGAUGACUUUCAGCAGAUACGCAUAUAUUCGGCGCUUGGAUUUGAUUUUUGGUGGAGCAGUGGUCGAAGUAGGGAUCUAUGCUUUCUAUUAUCAUGUGUACAUAUUCAUGAGCCCUUGAGCUUAUUGGCUCAACUGUCACGACGACAUCGUAAAACUGUAGUGUGUGAGCAUUUGCUGUUUAAUGUAUUAGUUUCGUUGAACGUUUGUGCCCUGAAAUGCUACACGACUAUGCAUGCUCCAUUGGCUGCUCUUAAUGGUUGCGCCUAUUUAUCGAUACUUUUCGUGGUUUCAGGCAUCACCUUGUAUUGAUUCUGAGCACGCAUGCCUGAAAGUUCGUCUCAUCUUCAAUAACACUAGUAAUUAUUUUC